ACCGAACUGAAUUAAAAUGCAAUUAACCAUAGUGCCUAUAUUCAACUUCGGUAUGGUAUAUGAUUUUGAUACCUUCAUGCGUUAGUUCCAACAGAUCUUUUUUCAACACGGCCACGGAAACUUGACUUUUUUCAUGAUGUUGUUUGAAACAUACUGGUGGGUGGUUUUUAUGUUUCAAUAACAGUUUUUUUUGGUGCAUGUCCUGGAGUUAGUUUUGUCCCUGCAUGCAUAUAAUUAACUCUUGUUGAUAACAGUACUUCUAUUUUUAGCUAGAUUCGGUUCUCCUCCCAAAGUGGAAGGGUUUGAAUUUUUUAUUUUCUCUACACCUCUUUUUAAGUCUUUUCAAAUCUCAUAUUGGCUCUACUCACAUGUUUAGUUUCUGGUUAUUAGAUGUUUAUCAUUUUUUUUGUGUCCAUGAUCAAUCUAUGACCUCUUCUUCUUUAAAUUCCAAAUGAGGUCUUUUUCUUUACCAAUAUAACAUUCUCUUGAGUGGAAAAUGAUCUCGAAUAUGAGAGAUAAUAUUGAGAGAAAUGAAGUAAGGGAAGGGCCUAUAGCUAUUGCAAUUGAUAGAGAUAAAACAACAAGCUGCCAAGCUCUUAAAUGGGCUGUCGAUCAUUAUAUACCCCGAGGCGGGACUGUCAAACUCGUGCAUGUCGUCCAAAGAUCUGCUUUGAAUAAUGCAAAUGGAUCUUACAACACAGAUGAUGAAUCAUCUGAUAGACCACACAAUGAUAAACGGAGCACUCUGUUUCUUCCAUUGCGUUGUCUUUGUAUGCGAAGAAAUAUACAAAGCGAAGUAGUUUUGCUGGAAGAUCAAGAUGUGGCAAAAGCCCUGAUUGAAUAUAUUAGCCAGAAUUGUAUUUCCACAUUCUUACUAGGUGCCUCGUUGAAGAAGAGCAUUACCAGGCUGUUCAAGGCUGAUGACAUUCCAAGUAAUGUGAUGAGAUGGGCUCCAGACUUCUGCAGUGUAUUAGUCAUAUCAAAGGGAAGACUAUCAAGUGUACGAUCAGCCACUCGGCCUUUACCUCAAGCCUUGCCAUCUUCUUCUUCAGGGACUGCACCAUUGUCACCACGCAGCAACGCCGAUGAGGCUCCCUCUGAGAUGUCAUUGUCAAGAGAGGACGACGUUUUCUUUGAGGAGUUUUUAUCCCUUGACCCAGAUUCUAGUGUGAACAUUAGUAGCAGGUUCAGUACAGACAGUUCGGUUCUCUCCUUCUAUGAGAAACUUGCAGCUCCACACAUGUUGGAUAUUCCUAGAUUCUCUGGUCUGGAUGAUGAAAAAGCCAGGUUUUCUAUCUAUCUUAAUAGUCCUUCUGAUGAAAAGAAUUGUACCUUAGCUUCCCCACUAUCACCAACGGAUGACGCCGAGGCUGAGAUGAGGAGGCUGAAGAAAGAGCUGAAGGAAACGAUGAACAUGUACCACGCCGCUUGCAAAGAAGCUCUUAUGGAAAAAGAAAGAGCGGUAGAGCUUGAGAUGUGGAAAAGGAAAGCAGAGCUAAGGAUUCAAAUGGCUGAAGAUACAACAACAAUGGCUAUCAUGGAGAUGGAGAAGACGAAAUUAGAACUACGGCGAAGAGUGGAGGCAGAGAUGAAGUCGGUGAAAGGGAAAGGGGGUGAUGACGGAAAGAUGGUUUGGGAUACUCUUGGAGAGUCUCAUCUUGUGGUUAAACAUGAGAGCUUGCUCCAUAUUUUAGUUGUACUUUUCUUGUUUUAUAUUUAUUUCACACUAAGAAAAUUCUAUUUCUUGUGAUUAGAGUUGGGUGAUGAAGUCUCUCAUCUGGUCCAAGAGAAGUUGCUCAUUGACUCUCUUGUAUAGAUCACAAAUCAUAUUUCCUUUGUUUCUU